AUGAGGCGUGAUGACGGCUUGGAGAUAUCGGACAGUACAAAUAAGGCUGAGCACUUUUCUCAAUUUUUCCUAUCCGUUUUCACGAGAGAAGCAGACUUUACCCCAUCUAAUUCUGAGAACAUGAGAGAUCCCACUAUCGAAAAUAUUGUGUUUCGAGAAGAAGCGAUUUUGGAGGAACUGAAUAGCUUGAAGGAAUGUAAAUCUCCCGGUCCGGACGAGAUCCCAGCAAAGCUGGUCUUUGAGCUUGCCCAACAGCUGGUCAAGCCAUUAUCCUUUCUGUGCCAGAAAUCGUUUGAUGCUGGAAUUCUUCCCACAGAUUGGAAGAUGGCCCACAUUACACCCCUUUACAAAAGCGGUAGUCGUGCUCUGGCGACAAACUACAGACCCGUCAGUCUGACAUCAAUCUGCUGCAAAGUGAUGGAGAAAACCAUCAAAAGGAAGUUGAUGGCUUACUUGGAAACCCACAACCUCUUGUCCAAUGCACAAUAUGGUUUCCGUAGGGGAAGAUCAUGUGUUACGAACUUGCUAUACACAAUGCAAAGUUGGACACGAGCACUGGACGCAAAACACACCGUGCAUGUUGCCUAUAUUGAUUUCCGGAAGGCGUUUGACAGUGUUCCGCACCAGCGUCUCCUACACAAGUUGAGAAUUAUGGGCAUCGGUGGCAAACUUCUCAAAUGGAUCGAAAAUUUCCUUGUCGGCCGCUCCCAAAUUGUCUGCGUAGAACAACAGCAAUCAAGGUGCGCAUUCAUAGAGAGUGGGGUCCCACAAGGCUCGGUGCUCGGACCAACCCUCUUUCUCUUGUUCAUCAAUGAUUGUGUAGAUGGUUUGGACUGUGAUUGUGCCAUGUUUGCGGACGACAUAAAAAUCUGGAAAGUCAUCCACAAUGCUGCCGAUGAGACCAACUUGUUCAGGCUCCGCGCUUACCGUGGUCAAAGGUUACUAACCACAUACAACUUUCAGCGCCCUUCCGCUCUUGCCUAGCUUGUGUUUUUAAAAACUAACUUUUAUCGAUUUUUGUUUCACUCACUGUACCCCGUCCUAUGAAACUGUAUUGGCCUGAUGGGGAGUUACCGAAAGGAACGUUCACUCGCCAAUGUCACUUCUAAACAUAUUUAUGGGGGUUUUCACAUCUUUAAAAAAUACUUUCUUACAUUCAGUAUACCUUGGGACACACGUAAUUUGAAGGGAUGUCCGCGGAGUUUAGUUUUAUUGGUGAGUCGGAAACAAUCGUCCUUUUUGACUCCUCAGACGCCUUCAUCUACAUCCCUGCACCAACUCCCUUGUCGAUCGCCAUUUUGACCACACUCCUGACAUGCCGUCGCCUCCGACGUCCACUAUUGCUAAGUUCCCGGUCUCUACUACGAAUCCGGCGACGGAGGUUACUGCUUCCUCCGGUCCCAUCACUGGUAAGUACACUCCCGACGUUCCGUCAGCCACUAUCCUCUCACCACCCUUAUCACUAUCAGUGUGGAUUCGGUCACACUUUCACAUAACACAUCUGACUGUUCGGUCACGUGCAAAUCCUCCACACUGGUACUGGCGAACCAGUACAAGGAACGCGAACAUGCACACCCGCCUACACCUGCAUUGUCCACAUUCAUAUUCAGUCACCGCGCCAGCAUAUUUGAUCAUCUGCGCCCCCCAUGCUAGUCUGCGGAAAACAUCCGCGGACAAGACCUCCACACCACGUGCACUGCAUUAUGAUUACGAUUGAACUGUGACCCAAUCACAUUUUAAAUGCCUGCAAUUUUAUUUUAUUUUUGAGUAUGAAUCUGCGAAAGCACUGUAUAUAAAUAGGGUCAUCAAGGGCUCUGCCUGUAACCCUUCAAUAUACGUACAUACAUACAUACGUGCACCACACAUGAAAUCGCUCCAAAUCACCGGCCACAGGAACGGAGCAAACACUUCCCACCUAUGUGGGGAGGGUGGUUUUCGGCUCCUCCACCAUGUGCUCUCCCUGCUAGUCUACACAAAUGAGGCCGGAAAACGCCAUCCCCUUUGUAUGAGAUCCUGGUGUGUUAUGCGGGUGCCAAAUUGUGUGGGGCACCUGUAAACAGACUGUGAAUUUUAGAACAGUUAGGCUGCAAAGCAUGGAUUCCUCAAAGCUCGGUCUUGUGACACCUGUCAACUCUCUUUCUUUGACUAUGUUCUCCAAUCUAGGAACAAUGGUUUUGCACUUUACGCAGUAUAUUUUGACGAUUUAACUAAGGAUUUCGAGGCCAUAAAGGUCAAGCCGCUGGUUUUAAAUUUGAAGAUAAGUGGAGGAUAUUAUUUUUAGUGGUUUUUCUCUGAGAUCUAACGAUUUUAGUACCUGUUUUUUUGUUUGAAUUUCCUUAAAUACAGGCCUUUUCUCUAAGAACUGCCCGCUGCCAUCUCCUUUCGAGUUUUGCUAGUCUACGCCCGCUGUUCACUAAUCGCACUUUGCAAUUCUCAUUUUGUGCAUCCGAUUUCUCUCUAACUGUUGUAAUUUAUUUUUACAUCGUUAGCCCCUAGCUGAAAUUCAGUCAACUUGUCUGCCAGAAGUUUUCUUAAUUACAAAUUGCCUCGAGACUAGAUGAGACCAAAAGUCACUGGUCGACGUAAGCUCUCGGCUCUUGUAAGUAAACAUGGCCUAACUAAACGUAAGUCAGAAGCUUUACCUAAAUCUAAGUCAGAUGAUAUUACUAGUCAGUCGUCACCCGUUCUAAUUGGUCGGCAGCUUAAUCUGUCUGCACUUGACCACUGCAAUGACUUUAUGCUAAAGUUUGGCUCUUUGCUGACAAUUCUUGGACAUUUAUUCGACAGGAACAUCUCCGAUAUUCCCUCUGAAGAAUGUAGGCGUCUCGACUCACUUGUUCACUUGAUCGCCAGUGAAUCUAGUGAUAGACAGAAGCGUUCUUACAACUUCCUGCUAAAAAAUGUUCCUCGAUCUGCUCGGCCAAUUGAUGUUACGACCAGUUUCCUGUAUUCAUGUGGUUUCAACUAUAAAAUAGCUGAUGCCAAACGCUUGUCCUCCCGUAGUACAAAUCCACCCAUCUUAGUCAAAUUGUUUUCAUCAAUCGAAGUUGACACAAUCUUUACUCAUCGAGAGCGUGUCACUGCAUACCUAGAGAAGGCAAAAUUUUUCCUUUGUCAUGAUCUUACUCCUAUGGAGCGUAGAAUCAGGUCUCUAUUCUCACGUAAACCCACUGCUUCUCAGUCUAGUGCUCCCCAACUCGGUCAUAAUACAAGUGGCCGUAAGGAUUCAGCUUCUCCUACUCCUGCGACAUCUGACUCCCUCCUUCCUCUUUCUCCAACAUCUCCAUCUCACUCAAGCCACUUGACGCAUUUGCCUGCCCCUAAACUUGCAGCAGCAGCAGCAGCAGCAGCAGCCCCAUUUGUCGUUUUGUAUCCUCCGGAUAGUCCCGCUGAGACACAUGAAAAUCCGUCUACAUCAGCUAGACCGAUAACUUCUAUUGUCCAACUGGGUGCUGUAAUGUCUACAGCUAAGUCACCCGUGGCUUGGCGUCAGAACGGUGAGACUCGAAAAUUGAAUCAGACUCCGACCAAAAGAUAG